AUGGGGCUAAAAAUAAAAAUACAAAAAAACAAAAAGAAACUAAUACCUACACCCUACUAUAUUAAAGAAGAUUUUCCUCCCGAAAUACUAAGCAAGCGAAAGGAACUUCAAAUGGAAGUCAACAAAGAAAGAGAACAAGGUAAAUUAGCGAUUAUUAAAUAUGACAAAAUCGUAAUACUAAAGAACCGAAACCAGCAAGCCGAGAAGCAAAUUAUGGAUAAAAAGAAAAGAGUUUUGUCAGAGUCACCGGAAACAUCGCAAUCCGACUGUGAAAAUAAUAAAGACAAGCAACCUAUAAAGAUCAAUAAAACAAACAGCAUGGAUAACUUCCUGUUAAAAAAACCAACUUUGCAAUUUCCCUCCAAAAAAUUCACUUCGCAUCCUCAUGAUCCAAGAACCACACAAUAA